AUGAUGAGUGAAUUUGAACAAUUUCACCCAAGUUUAAGAAAAGAAACAAUUGAUACAAUUAAAGAAUUUGGAUUUAUUAAACCUACUGAAGUCCAAAAAGUUGUAAUUCCAGCAUUUUUAAAUAGAAAAGAUGUUAUUGUUCAAAGUCAAACAGGAAGUGGUAAAACAUUAUCUUUUUUAAUUCCAUUAUUUGAAAUUAUUAAAAGAGAAAGAGAAAUUAUUGAAAAAAAAGAAGUAUAUGGUAUUAUUAUUUCACCUACUAGAGAAUUAGCACAUCAAAUUUAUGAUAUUACUAAAGUAUUUUGUAAACAUUUUAAUAUGACAAUUGGAUUAUUAACAGGAGGAAUUGAUAUAUCUAAAUUAGAAGAAGAAAUGAAAAAAGGAGCUAAUAUUAUUGUAGGAACUGCUGGAAGAAUUGAAGAAGUAAUUACAAAUAAAUUAUUUGAAUUAGAAUGGAAUAAUGUUGAAGUAUUAAUAUUAGAUGAAGGAGAUAAAAUGAUUGAAAUGGGAUUUUCACAAUCUAUAACACAUAUUAUUUGUCAUUUACCAAAACAACGACGUACUGGAUUAUUUAGUGCUACAAUGCCAAAAGAAUUAAAUAAAUUUAUUAUUGCAGGAUGUAGAAAUCCAUAUAAAAUACAAAUAUCAAAUGAUACAUUAACACCAAUUUCACUUGCAAAUGAAUAUUGUAUUAUUCCAUAUGAAAUAAAAAUACAAACAUUAAUAAGAAUAUUAAAAGAUAGUAAAGAUAAAAAAAUUGUUAUAUUUGUAUUAACAUGUGAUCAAGUAAAUUAUAUAUAUAAUAUAAUUAAAAUUUUACAUCAAGAAGAAGGAUAUUUAAAAGAAAAAGAAAUAUUUUCAAUUCAUGGAAAAGUAAAACAAAUAAAUAGAGAUAAAGUUAUUAAAAAAUUUGAAGAAAGUUUAGAAGCUAUAUUAAUAUGUACAGAUAUAUUAGCAAGAGGAAUGGAUUUUAAUAAUAUUAAUUAUAUUAUUCAAUAUGACCCACCACAAGAUCCUAAAACAUAUAUUCAUAGAGUUGGAAGAACAGCUAGAAUGGGAAGUAUUGGACAUUCAUUAAUAUUUCUUAGUCCUUUAGAAAAAAGUUUUAUUUUAUUAAUGGAAAAAAAAAAUGUAAAAAUUAUUGAAAAAAAAAUUGAAAGAGAUAAAGAAGAAGAAAAAUAUUAUUUUAAUAAAAUUAGAGAAAUAUGUUGUAAAAAUCGUACAUUAUUUAAAAAAUCACAAAAUGCAUUUGUAUCAUUUUGUAAAGGAUAUGGAGAACAUCAAUGUAAAUAUAUUUUUGCAAUUAAAAAAUUAAUUUAUAAUGAAGUAGCUAAAGGAAUGUGUUUAGUUAAAAUGCCUAAAAUUCAAGAAAUAAAAAAAUUGAAUAUUAAAUAUGAUGAAGAAAUAAAUAUAGAAGAAAAUGAAAUACCAUUUGCAGAUGAACGUUUAGAAAAACAAAGACAAGAAAGAGGUAAAAAAAGAAAAGAAAAAGGAAUAUAA